UCUUCUUUUUUUUUUUGCUUGGACCCUGAAGUCCACGUAGAAAAUAUAUAAGCAAGAUUAAACCAAAUGAUAUGGGGGAAAGUCACCUUGUGCAUGCGCAAGUGUACGUUUAUCUGAAUCGGGAUCGGGAUUCAUCGAAGUUUUGGCUGACGCCGACACAUGUUGAGGAAAGAGGUGAUAUCGUUACAGCUUUAGCCAGUGCCUUAUCCAGACACUCUGGCCGGGGGGUUAUUGCGACCCAAGUUUGAUUUUUACCGCCAAAUGGCGGAUGGUGGUGAAAAUAUUUAACUAACCCCGCUAGAUCAGCCACUGCAUAGCAAUAAGACUUAUAUUGAAAUGUCUGCAUGUUUCAAGAUUUAGAAAUCUAUUUUAAAACACUCUCGAACCUAGAAUAUAGACCCUUUCACGAUAAUUUCCGCACAUGCGCACUCGACACGUCGAGUGGCAACGGCAUCUGUUUACAUUUACGUUAGUUACAUAAAGAUGGCGACGCGCGGACAUUUGAAGAAGUUGAGAGUUGGAGCACUCAAAGAGUUGGCAAAAGAUUUGUCAAUAAAUAUAACGAAGAAAGGAAAAGACGAACUUAUACGUGAAAUUCUCGAUGCACAAGUUCCCGUCUCUUCCCUCACACCAGUCGUUUUUCGAUCCCAAAAUGAAACCAUAUUUCCUGAAGCAAAGGAAAAUCUCCCUCCCUUUAAUUCGGUCUCUUACCAAAAAUCACUACCCAUGGGUCUCAAAAUAUCGUUUUCUACUAUUUACGAAUUCAUGAUUUCAAGGAGAACAGAAUCCGGCAACAAUAUAAACAAUUUUAAUGGGAUGGACAGAGCUGUGAAGCACUACGAUGCUGGUGAUGUGAGAGAAGUGUCCAGUGCACAGGUAGAUGAUUCUACAGUGUAUGUAAGAGCAAGAUGUUAUGCCUCCAUGAAAAAGCAGGAGUAUAAUGUCUACAUUUGCGCGACAAAAAGAGGACAUGCAACACCAAUCUCCAUAGAUUCUGCAUAUUGUCAAUGUCCCAUAGGCUUGGCACAGGCCUGCAGUCAUAUUGGAGCAUUGCUAUUUGCAUUAAGCAAUAUGAAAGAUGGUGAUGAGGAACCACCGAGUUGCACAUCAGUCCUGUGUCAUUGGAAAGCACCACGAGCCAAUGCAAAACCACAACCUAUGUCUGCACUUGCACAUAGAAAACCUUCAACAGACUCAACAAAUGAUCCAAUGACUGAGCCUGCUCCUCAUCCACAGACAAUCUUUGACCCCAGACAUUCUAUGGAUAGGAUACCUGACCUUGACCGUACAUUGCAACACCUACAGAAACUUAAGGAAAUUUUUCCCAAAACAGGGAUGGUGCAUAUUUGGAAUAUCCCAGACCCUGUCCCUAUGGCAUCACAUGAAGAAGAAAUUGUGACAACCAAGGACCCCUACAUCAUGAACAUGGAAGAAAUGCUUUUUACUGUUGGCAACUUGCCCCCACCUUCCAUUGACAUGGAUCUAGUGAUGUUCAUAGAGAAGUAUACACAGGAGCAGAAAAAGUGUGAAAUGUGGAAGCAGUUACACAUUGGAAGGAUAACUAGCUCCUUAUUUGGGGAUGUAUUAUCUGCUGGUAACAACUCCAAUUCUCUAAUUAGACAGAUAGUCGAGGGAUCAAACCUUGAAAGGUAAACAAACAUGCCAGCAUCUGUACAGUGGGGGAUAGAUCACGAGGACACAGCCCGAGUGAAGUACUCUAUGAUGAAACAAGUACUGGGGGACAGCUUUAGAAUCGACCCUACUGGAUUGAUGCUCUGCAGUACCCAUACUUUUCUAGGUGCAUCCAGUGACGGGAGGGUAACAGAAGAGAACAGCACAGGCGUGCUUGAAAUAAAAUGCCCAUACUCCAUAAAGGGUACUUUGGUAAAUGCCAUGGAAAUACCAGAUAUCCUUGCAAUGGAAGACAAGAGCUUUUGUCUUGGAAAUACUAGUGAAGGACCAAAGUUAAAGUCAUCCCACAAGUAUUAUGCCCAAGUACAGGGAUAAAUGGCCUUGAUGAGUGCCCCAUGGUGCGAUUUUGUUGUUUGGACUGCGGCAAAAUCCAACAAUAUAUGUGUUGAUAGGGUUCUAUUUGAUCCAGAAUUUGUGGCUUCAAUGAUGCCAAAACUUGUUCAAUUUUAUAUGAAAUUCAUAUUCCCAGUGUAUUAUGAUCAAAAUUAAUUUCCAUUUCACAGAGUAUCCAGUAUUCAUAAAACAAGUAUUAUGAAAUUGAAUGCAAUAGGUAUCAUGUGAGUGUACAUGAAUCAUAGUCACAGAUAAUGGUAUAUCAUAUUGCUUAUAAAUGAAAAAGACUUGUCUGAAACAUUUUUGUUAUGCCAAAUACUCUUUUUGGCUUUUCUGAAAGCUAUAAAAUGGAAAAACGAUAUAUUGUCAGACAACCAGACUUUGUUUGACCAUUAAGGUGGCUCACUACACCCAGAAAUAGUUUCUCAAAUUAGCACGAAUUGAUUUAAUUAUAAAAGAUAUGAAGAUAUGAUGACUUACAAUAAGUAUAUAUGCCAAAAAGGCAAAUUUGGAUAAAAACAUGAUUUAAAAAAAAAAAUAUUUCAACACAUUUAAACAAGAAACUCUGGGGAAUUUGAACUUGAGAUAUGCUGUUCACCAGCCCAAUGCUUUAACCACUGAGCUACAAUGAUAGACAAACGAAUCGAUCGAUACAAAUAAUGUCACAAAACAUUUAAAUCGCCGUCUUGUGACAUGGUGUCAUACAGAGUAUAAGCUUUAGUGUAGUGAGCAACCUUAAGGUAUUCUGUUUAUAAUGCCCAAUGUAAUCACAUUAAAUUCAUGGAUAAAAUUGUUAAAGCCAGUAUACAACCGAGUAAAGCUUAGGGUCACUAUUUGAAGGUAAAUACUUGUCAUGUACAGUAAAUCAUGGUUAUAGCAAACUUCCAGGGUCAGCGAAAAACAAUUUAUUGUAAUCAAACUUAAGUGUACCUUAUCCGUUUACCUGAUCAGUUUUUACUGUAUUACAUGUAUACCACAAGGGGAAUUUUACUUAUCUUCCACAAGGGGUACAUCAAGAUUCGAGAGCCAACAGCAUACUUGAAAUAACUUACUGACAAGUGGUAUCAUUGACAAUGGCAAAACACCAUCAAAAAUAUGAAAGUUUUUUACUCGGCCUAUACUGCGCUCUACAUGUAUACGGAGCUGUGCAAUUUCCUGAGUAUUAUAUACAUCUUCCACAGUAAAUUGAUGGUCAUUACGUAAAAAAGGGGGGAUAUUAAGAUAGCAUCCUCUCUGUUUAAGCAAAUCUGUUAUCGUGAAACCCUUAUCUGCCAUAACGCUAUCAACUGGUUCUAAAAGGUCCAAUAGGCCUGACUCUUCUGUGAUUUGUCGGUCAGAGACUUUUCCACCCCACCCCUCAGAAACAAAUGAUAUAAUACCAGAUGGAGUGAUGCCAACCAAAAAUUUAGCUGUAUUAUGAUUCUUGUAAUUUGAAAAUGUUAAUGACUGAUUUGUUAAACUGGAUGAUUUUUGAAUAAAUAUUUCAGUGCAGUCUAUAAUGAUA